AUGUCGUAUGCCAGGUUCGCCGGUGCCCGGAUAUUUGGUGUGUCUGUGCUGGAUGGUGGCAAGAACGUGGAGAUACAGUGGAACAAUGGCACCCAUUCAAGGUACCAUAGCAUGUGGUUGAGACAGUCGUGUCACUGCCCAUCUUGUCGCCAGUCCUCAAAUCUGCCCUCAGUCAACUUCCACGAUGUUGAUGUUGAAGCAGUAAUUGUACAUGCAGGGACAGAAGGAGACAAAGUGCUGACAGUGACCUGGAGUGAUGACCCGAAUCAUACUGGCGUUUUUCCUCCGCCCUUCCUGAAGCGCUACUCCUACAGUGACAGAGAUCGGGAGGAAAGGAAAGAAGAGAUGAACAUGGUUUUCAAUACAAGUGCCAAGACAUUUGAUGUGAGAGACACACCUAACCCUGUAAAUGUGGCCUAUAGCGAACAACGUCUACAGUUGCACAUGGAUCAAACACCUUAUGAAUCACCACCUGGAAUCCAGUUUCUUCAUUGCCUCAGAUUUGACAAGGAAGUACAAGGUGGUGACUCCUUCUUUGUUGACGUCUUCCACGUUGCUGAGACGUUGAGAACAACACAUCCCGAGGAAUUUCACAGUCUUGUACGGAUACCUGCAACAUUCGACAAUACUUUUUACACCAGAGAUGCCCAAUUCCAUAUGGUGUACCAAAGACCUCACAUUGCUCUCAACCAUGAUGGAAAGAUUGUUGGUGUGACCUGGCAUCCUGGUAUGAUCGGGCCUUUGAUGACAAAAGAGGAAGACGUGGAAGACUACUACAGAGCCUACAAGUGCAUGGCCACAAUGGUCAACACAUUCCCAUAUCAGUAUAACUGCCGUCUGGAGGAGGGAGACCUAAUCACAUUCAAUAACAGACGUAUUCUUCACGGACGACAUCAUUAUGAUGCAAAAUCGGGCCAUAGGCACUUGCAGGGAUGCUAUGUCAAGAUCGACGAAUUCAAAAGUCAAGUACAGGUUUACACCAACACAGUGGGAGAUGGGAAACUGGCAACAAGGGUUGGCAAUCUCGACUGGCAAUAG